AAUAAAUGUGUUCAGGAAAGAAAGGUGUUACUUAGAGAUUUCAGUAGAAGUAAAAAUAAAUGAGAUAUUAGGGAAUAGUUUCAGAGAUCAUCUGCAGUGUUUUUAGUUUCCUAGCAGAACGGGAAUCACGGGGAGAUUUUAACAGCUACACGGCUGAUCCACACUCCAAUCCAGAAGGUGGCGGUACCGCAAAUACAAGUUGUUUGCCAACCACCAUUAAAAAACGAGAAGAAGAAGAAGAAGUUAGCAGCAUGCUAGCUGUGCUAACAGGAGGGUUCGGGUUCUAGAAGUCCUCUUCGGGAUCAGAGAAUUUCAUCUGGAUAUGCUCGGGCGUUCCAGAACUGGAACCGGAACCGGAACAUGAUGGCUCGUCCUGCUGGUUCUGCCGGCGGUCUGGACCAGAAGGUUCUGCAGUAUGAAGCUUUCAUCAACGACGUUCUGAGGAGAGACCUGCGAACCUGCUGACGGUCCCUAACUGGACCUCUGAGCUCCUGGCAGGCAGCGGACCGAACGGCUGGCGCUGGACGCCGCUGACUCCAUGGCGAACAUCCGACUGGACACCCAGCUGACUGCGGUGUGAGACGGACCGAGGAGCUCCGGAGGUCCGGUUCGGUCCAAGUCCUCAGUCCUGAACCGGGCGUCCUGCGGCUCCACCAUGACGGUUCCAGAUGUUCUCUGGUCUCUCAGAGCUUCAUGCUGCCAGAGGGAGCAGAAGGUUCCGUCCGGAACCGGUCCAGAACCUCUCUGGUUCUGCUCAGAAUGUCAGCUGAUGUUUGGGAUCUGGAUCUGGUUGAAGAUCGGCUCGACCUGGACCGGAACCAUCAGAACCGUCUGAGCGGACCCGGACCAUCAGAACACUUUCUCCAUUUGUAAUCGAUUUCUGGACUACAAUGAAAACUGUUCCCGUCCUCCAGAACCCGGGCGGUGUUAGAGCAGAGGGAUCGUCUCUAUGAGAAGAUGUCUCACUACCUGCAGCUGAAGAACGCCAUCCAGAGUCUGGAGGAGGCGGGGCCUCAGCGGCUGAAGGCAGACGUGGAUCUGGGCUGCAGCUUCUUCGUUCAGGCCCGAGUGGACAAUCCGUCCAGGAUUCUGGUGUUGGUCGGGUUCGGGUUCUUCGUGGAGAUGAGCCACCAGGAGGCGCUGCGCUUCAUCGACAAGAAGACCAAUCAGCUGACGCUGGUCUGCGGGAGCUGCAGGGGUUGGAGGAGCUUCCAGACGUCUGCAGGAAGUCUGCUGCUGCUGCUCAGCUCUGAUUGGACGAUGAGGAGGAAGAAGAGGAGGAGCCUCUUCAUCAGGAGGCAAAUGAUCUCCAACUGGACACACAGUGGAACCAACUUCUUCUUAGACGUGAACGGAAACGUUGAUGACAUCUACUUCCUGUUGCUGCUCAAACAGGAAGUCCUCCACAUCACUGAGACAUUUCAAAAUAAAAUGUCAGGAAGUGGUUUUGUCUGGUAAACAGAGAAUCAGCUGAACUGAAGCUGAAGAAACAAACAUGAACAAGUUCUCGUCUUUUUGCUGUUUGUUGUGUUUUUUUUAUUGUAAAUUUAAUAAAGAAUUUGAGAAUA